AGGGAGCGGUCCUUCCGGUCCGGGAGUCUUUAAUCUGUGGAGGAUGGUCGUGGAUUGGCGGCUGGGUGAGGCAACCUGGUAGGAAGAAUAUAAAGUGGACAAAAGGUUCGAGUAGGGUUACAGUUGACUUGGUUGUGAAGCUGGUACAAGUAAUGAACCCUUUCUGGAGCAUGUCUACAAGUUCUGCUCGAAAGAAAUCAGACAGUGAAGAAAGAGGUUUGUCUGGAGAACAGAAGACCAGCCCUCCACGUUCUUCUUCAGCUAAGAAACAGUUGCCUUCUAUACCAAAAAAUGCUGUUCCUGUGACGAAACCCAUUUCUCCUGUCACACCUACGCAGUCAACGAAUGGGACGCAUGCUUCCUAUGGUCCCUUUUAUCUAGAAUAUUCUCUUCUUGCUGAAUUUACCUUGGUGGUAAAGCAGAAACUGCCUGGAGUCUAUGUACAACCCUCCUAUGGAUCUGCUUUAAUGUGGUUUGGGGUGAUCUUUAUAAGACAUGGCUUAUAUCAGGAUGGCGUAUUUAAGUUUACUAUUUAUAUCCCUGACAACUACCCAGAUGGUGACUGUCCUCGCUUGAUGUUUGAUAUGCCAGUCUUCCACCCACUAGUAGAUCCAACAACAGGAGAAUUGGAUGUAAAAAGAGCAUUCACAAAGUGGAGACGGAAUCAUAAUCACAUCUGGCAGGUACUGAUGUAUGCUCGUCGAGUGUUUUACAAGAUUGAUACAGUUAAUCCCUUGAACCCUGAAGCUGCAGUACUAUAUGAAAAAGAUAUUCACUUGUUCAAAAGCAAAGUAGUUGAUAGCGUUAAACUAUGCAACAGUCGACUUUUCGAUCAACCUAAAAUGGAUGACCCUUAUGCAAUUAGCUUUUCACCAUGGAAUCCAGCAAUACAUGAAGAAGCCAGAGAGAAGAUGUUGACUCCAAAGAGGAAACCUGAUGAUCAGAACAAAAGUGUGCAUAUGGCUGGCCUUUCCUGGGUAAAGCCUGGUUCCACACAACCUUUCAGCAAAGAUGAAAACACCGUGCAAACCUAGGAUGCCCUGUCAACACCACACAAGGCACUUUCUAACUGUGAAUCACAGAUCAGGUCAAUUGGAAUAUAACAAGUUUCCUGUUGGUGCACAUGUUGGACUUUAUUUUAGCAGUGAAUGUAAAAACGAAGUUAUAUAUAAAGUUAGAACUGCUGAAAGAUCGGGUUCUUUUGUGUAGAUUAUAACAUUUUAAUCUAGUGUUCAAAUUCAACUUUUAACUCAAGGUUUAUAAAACUUGCGUUUUGAAGACCUCUGUCUAUACAACCUAGGCAAUCUUGGCAAUACAACUAUUAUCAAUUAUGUUGGGGUGGUUAACUGAAUUGAAUGGUAUGUCAUAAAUGUGACACCACUUUGUAAUAUUAUGGUGUAGAAAUGUUUUUGUGUUUUGGGGCUGGUCUGUAGAGAUUCAGGUGAGUUUAGGCAUUCAGUGAUUCAUUCAAAACUAUUUUACAUUGUGUAUGACAAUAUUUAGCAGCUUUCAUAAGUCAUUUGAGUUUUCUAUUGUAAAUAUGUUGGUGUAUAAAUUUUGUAAAUAGCUUGUUUGACCUUUACAGUUAGCACUUUGGAGGUGAAAAUUGUGCUAAAAAUAGUAAGAGUCUGCUGGCAUACAUUUUGGACAGGCUGAUCUGUGCCAAAGUAACCAACUUGGUACAGUGAGCCCCAAGUUUUGUAACUUCAGCAGUCUUUAUAUACUGUAUGAAUGUAUAAAGUAAUUCAAAGAAGUCUUCUCUUCCAAUGUUAAAACAUUUUCAUGUUUUAUAAUUGUGCAGUACAACAGCAGGUAAUGCAUAAAAUGCUGCUUUGUCACAUUGGAUACCAAAAUUGGGAUGAAUUUUGAGGGGAAAUAGCUGCUGUCCUAGCAAGUGAUGUCAUAAUGGCUUAACCCUUAAAAUAAAGACAAGCUAAAAUUGUA